AUGCAAAAUGAAGAGAAAGCGAGACUUAGUUGUAGAGUAUAUAACUUACGUGAGAUGUUGAAGCAUGCAUUCAGAGAGGUGGUAUUUAUAGGAAAUUUGGAUAAGAAAUAUGCAUGCACGCAUCACCGCCUUCCCCACCAACUUCCCCCACUUUAUUUCCGCUGCACUGUGCACUACUGUGUCUCUUUGCUUCUACAGCAAGUUCAAAAACUUGAAGAUGAAGAAUGUGAUUCUUCAAACCUAGCUGGCUGUAAUCAAAUCAACUAG